AUGGAGGCCAUGGCCAUGGCUAUGUUGCUGCCCAAGGGCAUUGUCGAAAACACGCGCGAGAUAUACAAGGAGGUGGCGAGCUAUCCCAUCGUCCCUCCAGAGAAGCUAUGGCAAUAUUGGAAUGUCUACACAACAACCUCACGAAAGCUUUUUGACCCAACCGCGUACAGAUUGGAACACUUUUGGUGGCAUGUUUGGGGAAGUGACAGACGAUAUCUCAGCGGGCCAACGCUUGCCAAACUGUUCGAAGAGGUCUCCCAUGGCCCGACAUUCGUCCCUUUACGAUCUGUUAGAAACAGAUACGAAGGGCCAUCGGGCCACAGCGAUGCACGUAAUCAUGGCAGAGGAGACGCAAAAGCAGUCUCACGGCAGGGGCAGCCCAAUCAAAACUCGGACCAGCAGAGAUCAGCCCCUGUUGGCGGAAUGAAGCUACCGACGCCGUCGUCUUCGAGGCCACCCCCAGCCCACCCGAUCUUGAAGAAGAAGAAUAGAGGGCCUUCUGGAUCAAAACCAAGGCCAACGGCUCGAUUCGUGGACCCGUCUGCUUUUCAAGAGCUUAUCAUUCCCCCUUUGACCGAGCCAGUUGCGCCACAGCAGCUCCCGUCCUCGCCUCCGGGCGAGCCGGUCGCCAAGAAGAACAGGGCGGUGGCAGUUGUUGAUGAAGCGCAAACUCCUACUGCAGUCGACAUGCCGCCGCCGCCGAAGCCUUCACCUCGCGUCACAGAGAUGCCUCCCCCGCCAAAACCAUCACCAAAGCGAAAGAAUGUCCCUUCGGCCGUGACGGUUGCCGGUGGAACCGACGUCCGUCCACCGCCAAUCUCACCAGCCAAGCCCGAGAGAGCUGCGCCGCCGACAGGGAGACGGAUUGUUGCCAGCACAGCAGCAUCGAAGAGGCGUCCAGUCAUGUCGAGGAGACAGAGCUCCCAAAGCUCAGGGGGCACAGGAACGCGCGUCGUCAGCCCGGCCACCGCGGCGCUGGUGAAGCAGGUGGUGGCGCAAAAGUCCAAAGGACAAGAAGGAGUCGGCCACCAAGAUUCGGCCAUAAUAUCUUCAUCAACGGAAAGCCAAGGGGUUGUUCCCCCCAUCAGUGCAAAGUCAGCUGGGAAACGGCCAGCCAAAGCCCCAAUAGAUCAACCAGUCACCACUGCGCAGAACGUACACCCACCCCCUAAUCAGGCAGAUGGCCGGCAUAAUCGUCCUCUUCUA